UGCAACUUUUGAUCUUGCUCUUGUUGAUCGUCGCCGUCGUCAUCACCGUUUGUCCGCGAAGCAGUUCUUGAGCGAGAAGUUUGUGCUGCGGCGCGCGUUCCAUUCGCUGUUGCGCCGGCAAACUGGUCGGACGUGUUAUUAUCGGUUUGCGUCUUUUUUGUCAUUCGCGCGGGUGUAACUAUUUUCGAUUGCCGUAACUCGCGACGGGGUGUAGAACUGGAUUGAGUGCUUUUAUUUGUCUACAAAUAGAACCUGUGCGUGAUAAGAAUAUUUUCGCUGGGAAGAAUGCUAGUGUUGUGAAAGUGAUACCAAAAGAAUUUAGAAUCAGUGCCAAAAGAAUCUAACAAAUUUAUAACACGAAGAGGAAAAAUACUGCCCGAAGUGUGUCUGAAGGCUGCAGUGGAGGUGAUUGAAAAAUAUUUGUAGUCUGGCACCCACGCAUUCUCGGGGGGUUAACGCAGAGCAAACAAGCCUUCGUCCUUAGAUUACGAAACUGAACGGAGACGUCGACGACACGCAGAGAGUGCCAUUCUAUGGGGUAUAGUGCGCGCGUGUAAAAAUCGAAUUGUGUUCUGGAAUUGAUGAAUCGUGCGUGACGCGAUCCAGUUUACGAGUCUUCGGAGAGGGUGGAUAAUCUUACUCGAGUUGGACGUCUGCGGAGACAUCUAGGAAGAGAGGGGGAAAGAUUUACACUCUUAGGGAAUCGGGAAAUGGUGAUGGUGUGCCUUCGAUGAAAUCGCACAAGGAAGAGUUCAUCAACGAUUAGCGUGCUCGGUGCCAUAUGGGUGGAUGGAUGGUGUCAGCAGGUUUAGCUGUCAAUACGUUCAGUGAUUGUGUGCCAAAAGACCAUUAACAUCAACGCCUUUCUAUAGAUAUAUCUGUUGAUGGUACCGGGAAAAUCCCAGUGUCCUAUUCCUUCCGUGUCCAAAAGGGAGCUUAGAAUUACUAACCUAGUGCUGCACGAAGUCGCUUCGCUUGUUAUACCUGCAAGAAUGUUGGUUUUUGAUGGCGUGAAAAAUCGAAAAGUCUGAUUGAAACGAAGAGAUUAGAGACCUCGCUGGUGGUGGUGGCCCCCAUCAAGGUAAAGGUGUCAGUUCUAAAUUGCGGCAGGUCGCUGUGGAGGUCCCUGAAGCAAGAAUCCAAUGUGAAGUGAACGCGACAUCGAAGAAUACGAUAUAAAAAAACGUGAUUUUGGCGAAACCCGCUCGUUCCCCCUGCCAUCGAAUCGAAAGAGCCAUGUGGAUUUUGUCUUAAAACGGUCGUGCUUUUUUGUGCUGUUUGGAGAUGGUGAUUCGAAGAAUUCGCUUGUGUUCGAAGCUGAACUGAUUAGACGAGCGGAGACUGUGUCUCGUACGAGAAUCAUAGCGAAGCAGAAUCAGAAUCGAAAGGGACUUCUCAAAGAGAUUUUGACAGUUACGAGUCGACGAGAAACACACCGACCGACCGACCGGGGAUCGAGAAUCGAAGGCAGGCGGUUGCGAAAUGUAAACAACACACCGCAGCAUGGUUUCGUUAAGCGCCACCGUCGCUACGAUCGUCGUCAAACUGAACGAAAACGAAGUGGGGCCUAACAGCCAUCAGAGUAGGCCGCCCGCGCCCGGGAAAUGGCCUAACCGUGUGUGCCACCGCAUGUUGGAGUAGUAAAUAAUCGCAGCCUACUUUGAACUACCCGUAUAGAGCGUAUCGUAGAGAGACGCUAGACAAGAAGGGAAAACACAGUCCCUAUUGGAAGAGUGUUGAAUUUGGUCCGAAAAAGACUCCGACAGUGCAAGGAAGUAAGAGAAACGCCAACCCAACCGGGAAGGGUAAACGAUUAAUUGCUGCCCGGAGUUCCCAACAUCGAGUUUCCAUAAAGAAAAAAAAUCGUGAAAUGUUCUCGGCCAUGUCCGGCGGCGGGAACCAAAACGUUGCGAAACGGUAGAUGACGUCACUGCUGUUGUUGCAUGCAAAGGGCACGCCACAAGUGAAAGGAUCACGUGACGAUUAGUAAUUAACCAAAGUGCAAGUGAAGCUUUGUGCCAGGGGAAAAAAAGUGUCGAGGGUGGACCUGACAGUGAACUCCGUCAUCCUCGAAUGGUCUUCAACGAGGAAGGAAAGUACGGAACGAUGACGAGGAGAUUCGGAGAUAAAAGAAUGUUUCUCACUUUCGUCAUGUGGCAGUGUUGGCUGCUGGUUGGCCUAAUACAGCGGACCGUGGUCGGUUUGGAUCCCAAAUUUGACCCUUCGACGCGGAUGCGAUUGGUGCUGGUGCCGGCCGAUGCCGCCGUUGGAUCCGUCAUCUACCGGUUACGGGCCACGGACGAGGAAUUUGAGUACCCGCUGCAGUUCGAGCUGGUCGGUGACGCCGCAUCAUCCACAGUCCAGAUCGAAACCCUACCGUGCACCAAGUUCAACUCGAUCUGCCAGGCAAACGUUAUCCUGACGCGACGUUUGGAAGCGGGUCGCUAUUAUGACUUCCAGGUCUCGGUAAAGGACACCAAGGGCGGAAUGUCCAUUCAGAGCUGUUCGAUCACUGCCACCAACUUCAGCACCCCCCAUGACCUGAUUUUCCCACACAAAACCGGAAUCAUCAUGGUGCCAGAGGACGCCAAGAAGGGUACCGAACUGGACUACGUGCUAGCGAACAAGAAUCCGCUUAUGCCAAAGCCAGUCUAUCUGGAGCUCUGGGGUUCGCCGCUAUUCGCCAUCCGGCAAAAAAUCAUUUCACCGGAAAUGACCGAAGGAACCAUCUUCCUCCUGGGGCCACUGGAUUUCGAGAAGCAGGCCAUGUACCACCUCACCGUUCUAGCGAAUGAUGCUUACGCCGAGCCAGGACAGGACUCGAGAAACAUCGCCGGUCUAGAAGUGGUCAUCAUUGUCGAAGACGUUCAGGAUGUUCCACCGGUUUUUACGGUGGCUCCGCCAGUUACCCGGUUGCCACCGGGGCUGAUUCCCGGCGAUAAGGUUCUGCAAGUGCACGCCGAAGACGGUGACAAAGGCGUCCCGCGAGAAAUUCGCUACGGACUGGUUUCCGAGGGCAAUCCAUUUACGUCAUUCUUCGACAUCAACGAAACGAGUGGUGAAAUUUCCCUUCUGCGCCCGCUGGACGACAUCCUAGCGCUCACGCACGUCGGUGACCCGGUCCUGCUGACCGUUAUCGCCGAAGAGGUCAAGGUCGCGCGCGAUGAGCCCCCGGCAAUGGCGACAACCGUGCAGCUAGCGUUUUUCCUCCCGGAACGCAGCAAUUCACCGCCGUACUUCGAAAAUGACCAUUACGUCACCCGGUUGGAGGAAAACAGUGCACCUGGUACCACGUUGUCCUUCACGGAUCCGUACACGCCACGAGUGAUGGACGACGAUGCCGGGAAGAACGGAGUGUUUUCGUUGACGCUGAUCGGGAACAACGGAACGUUCGAGAUUUCGCCGAACGUGGCCGAGGGACAUGCCAAUUUUGUAAUUCGGGUGCGGGAUAAUUCCCUACUGGACUACGAGACGGCAGAAUACGUUCAUUUUCAGAUUCUGGCUCAAGAGUUGGGUCCAGCAACGAACCUAUCAGCCUCGGUAAACGUGACCGUGUACCUAUCGGACGUGAACGACAACGCGCCUAUGUUCGAGCAGAACGACUACAUCGUCGAUCUCCCGGAGAAUAUGACCGCUGGAACUCGAGUCGUCCAGGUGCAUGCUACUGACGUUGAUACAGGCCUUGGUGGUAAAAUCCGCUACACGCAAAUCCUCGGCCCUCAAAAUACCUCCCUCAAUCUUGAUCCCACCUCCGGGGUCAUAACGGUUGCCACCAGCAAUCACGGCUUCGACAGGGAAACCAUGCCGGAGUACCACCUGUACGUCGAGGCUCGUGACGAUGAAGGCAUUGGCAACAGAGCUCAAGUUCUGCUCGUCAUCCGCCUCAUCGACGUCAACGACGAGACCCCAACGUUCGAAAAGUCCCUAUACGAAUUCAUCCUGUCGCCCAACCUGCGGAACUUCACCGUCCCGGCCAUCAUCAAAGCCAUCGACAACGAUGCCGAGCCUCCGAACAACGAAGUUCGCUACGAGUUAAUCUACGGAAACUACGAGAACAAAUUCGAGCUGCACCCGAUCACCGGAGAGCUCAAGCUCACAUCCGCCCUGGUGCGGAGGAGCAAACCCACUCGCCAGCGGCGCCAAACUAGUCAACAGUCUUCCGAAUCGGACGUGUUCGUCCUCACGGCUCGGGCCUUCGAUCUGGGAGUGCCAGUGCGCUUCUCGACCACAACCAUCCGAGUCUACCCGCCGGAGAGUCGAACCCGAACGAUGACCUUCAUCGUGCCCGGGCAUGAUCCGGAUCGGGCCAAGGUUCAGGAAACUCUAGCCGAUGUGACGGGCGGGCGGGUGAUCAUCCAGGACAUCCGGCCGUACAACGGGAACGUUCCCGGCGCCACCGACAUCGGCGGCGACAGCAAGGACCGCAGCGUGGUCCUAGCGACGAUACUCUACGACGGGAACUCCGUCGUGGACAUCGAGCGCAUCCAGCAAAGACUGUCCGUUAACGGAACCGUGACCAACAGUAUCAGUCAGGACGAGCGAAGUGCGAUCCUCUACAAAGCGGAGAACCGUGUCCUGUUCUGGCUGUUGAUCUUCCUAGCCAUUUUGCUGGCGUUGGGUAUCCUGACGCUGCUGCUUUGUUGCAUCUGCCCUUGGUGCCCGCUGUACGCCGCCACGAGAAAAAGAGUAAUUAGAGUCAAUAGUAUCGAAGAUGAUGUACAUCUUGUUCACCGGGAACAAGGCAUUGGAAAACAGUCAAAAUCUGUUCAGGUCGCGGAAUGGAUGGGACGAAGAGAAGCCUGGUCGGCGGAUCGAUCGUCCGAUUCCCGUACAAAGCCGACGCGUUGGGAAUUUAGAGGAAGACGACACGCUAACAAAGCACUAGCCGCUUCCACGACUGGCCACGACAACCGGGGCAACACCAUUGGCGACGACGAAGACGAUGAUGAGCGAAGAGGCGGCGGCGGCGGUGGCGGUGGUGGUGGUGACGGAAGUGGUGGCAACGGCGGUCGCGGUCGGGAGCUGGUGGGAGUCAGCGAGAAGAAAACCAUGACCGACGGCGGUAGUGGCAAAACGAAAGACCAGACUGUUAAGAUUAGAAACGAAUACAAAUCCAAAUCGGCCAAAACUCACGGACCAGGUGGCGGAGGCGGAGGCGGAGUUGGAGGUGGAGACGGCCUCCACCGUUCCCGCAGCAAUCUUCUAAACAAUGAACAGCGGGAAAUUUACAUUGAGGAUGUGGACGAACACGAUCCGGAGUACCAGACAUUGAGGCGAGUCCAUCAGCAUCCGAUACAAACCCAAAUCGACGACGAUUCCAUGCGACGCCAUGAGAUGGACCGGGGAAGCGACUUGAACUAUGAACGAAGGGGAAGCUUCAAGCGGCAAGGUGGACUGGGAGUGGACGAUUCGCUGGAACCGAGAGACCAGUACUACAUUAAGGAUGGCAAUGCGGAGAUUCUUCGACUGAUAACCAGGGGAAGGAACGAAGAGGAGAACAUCUAUGUUAACGUUCCGCAGAGGGGUGCAGGUCGUGGAGCGGGUGAAGGAGCAGGUCAGGGACAGUACAUAAUGGUGGACAACGGUGGAAAGGAAAUUCUAAUGAGGAGAUACAUUGAGGAACAAGCUAAUGGAAAGCAGAUAAUCAGAGAACACUAUCAACUGCUUCCUGGGACGACGUUCAUACAGACCAUUCCCAAUGAAGUUCCAGGGUAUCGAGGGGAUCACGUCACCGAGGUCAAGAUAGGACACGAGCAAAAGUCCAACCGUGGAGGGUCAUUAAAAGACGACGAUGAUAAUGAAAUCCAGAUAACGCACGCAGUGUCAAAUCAUUCGCUGAUCCAGCAAGAGUUGGAAACGUCGUUGAAGCAACAAAAUGCGCUGUUGCGACAGAUAUUAUUGGAAAAGGAGAAGCUCGAAGAGAAAUAUAAAGAACAGGACCAAGCCCUAGAGACCCAAAGUCUACCAUGCCAAGCGGUAGUUGCAACGCAGACUGAUUGUGAAACGGCAACUCAAACAGAACCGGUGAAAGUCGAGCGGAGGCGCACCAAAAGCGAAAACGACGAUUCCUUCUCGGAAGACGAGUACGAAUAUGUGAAGUACAGUCCUCCAGAUAGCCCGGAUGAUGUGUACCUGAUCAAGCGAAAGCGCACCCGCAAGAAGACCAAGUACAAGUCUGACGGGGAAUCGAACGGAAGAGGCGGAAAGCGAUUCAUCACUGUGGAAUCGGUUAAGAGGAAAAUUCGGACACCCAUUCAAGAGGAAGAGGAACCAAGGAAGACGCCACCGCGGCACAGUGAAACUCGUGCAAGCAUACUGAGGAGAAAAAAGAACGAAGAGAGACUGAAGAAGGAUGUGCUCAUGGAGAUUUCCGAUUCCUUGGAAGAUAAAGAGACCAAAAAGAAAGAUAGGCGAAAGAAAGUCUACAAGAAGAAUGUGAAGUACUUUGAAGAUUCCGAUGGGUCCGAUAAGGAAGUUGUACAGAAAUACUUUUCAGCAGAUAGUCUAGAUAUCAAUUCGGACGUCGAAGACUAUACGUAUGAAGUGACGACUACGUCUAAAUCAGUCACAGUUUCACCACGAUCUGGCAUCCAACAGCGGAUAUCCAGGAAAGACAACAAAACGGAAACCACUUCCACUAGGAUACGACUGACAACUUCCGAAUCGCCUUCCCGAAUGCAGAAAGGUCCUGCUCCGAAGCCACCACGUAUGACCAAAUCGCUGUCGAAGGAAAGAUUAGAGGACGGUAGAGACAUUCCGGCGAAAUAUAUGGAUUGGUAUCAUAACCUGAAAGAUGAUUCACUGGAGAAAAAGCCAGCCAAAUGGAAGGAAUACGAGAAGAAGUCUGUUAAAAAGAAGAUUGUUUCUUCGUCAUCGAAGGAAGACGAACCAAAAAUGUCCAAACCUGAACCAAUGCCUCGAACAUCUCCUCCCAAGGAUGCUCGUCUUCUGAAAGAAGACAUUCAACUAGCGAAAAAGGUACAAUCACAAUCUUCGAACGACGCUACCAGCCAUCCACUGCUCCAACAUUCCGAGCAUCGAUUCGAAGCAGAAUACGAUGCGAAUUCCCAAGUUCCUCCACCUCCAGACAAACUACCGCACUACCUUUACCCGGAAACACCACCGAUUGUGAAUCGAGACAACAAGGUGCAGAUCAAGAUAGUAGAUUCCUCCAUGAGCAAGCCUUCUCCAAUCCACGAGAACGAAGUCAAAGAACCGAGGCCAAGACUCUCGGAACCAACCACCACGACAGCAGCAACUACAACUACAACAACCUCGUCAAAAACGCUGAACGCUUCGACCCUGGAAGAUGACCACGACUCCGGCAUUGCCAUGAACUCGCUGCUGCACAACAAGAGCAAACGGCAUCCCAUCACGGACAAGAAGAGCAUCUUCACCAUCGCGUACGACGACGUGCGCAUCCGACAGAUCCGAUCCGAAAGCGACACCCCGCCGUUCUCCUAACAGCGACGGGGCAAGUCUGCUCAGCAGCCUAGCGAGCAGCAUCACUCCGAAGCCGAAGAGCAGCAGCAGCAGCAACGAGGACGCAGCCAAUAGCAGUUGGCAUCUUGUCAGCAGAAGAACUACUCCCGAACCUGACUGCGUACGACCUUUGACAUAGUUCACCGGAAGGGCUUCCCUAACGCCAGCAAUCCCCGAAACAACGGGUUUCUUCGAGUGAAAUUUUCCUAAAUAAAGUACAAAGAAAGCUAACCGUUGAUCCUACCCAUAGUGUCGGUGCGAUCAUUCUGACGAUGACUGUAAGCAAGUUCUAAAAUUGAAAGGAAACGUGCAACUGCCAUAAGUACUAAGUUCACUUUUACCCGCCACGUGCAAAGGCGUGAAAAGAGCCAUUUUUUCCUAGCAAAAAAGAAAGCAAAACCAUGUAUAAAUACGAUGUAGUUUUAACCAAGCAUAAAGAAGUGAAAGACAAAAGUAGUUUUACCACUAUCGCAAACCCUGCCCAGCCGCCAAUGUUGUCGUUGUCCAACAGUUGUGUUUAUGAUUGUUACUGGUGUUUUUAUUCCUAAAUUGUUUAGUGGCAAACCCCCCCUACAAAGUGUCAUUUUUAGGUGAUAGGUUAAAAGCAACAGCUGCUGUGUAAAUUGUUCGUUAUAUGUUUAAGUAAGUCGCCUUGUAAAUAUUAGUCCCCCGAUAGAAAGCGAAUCAAUCAAUCGUAUUAAGUACACGAAGCAAACGUACUCCAUGACUUCCUGUUUUAUUUUUGACGUACCAAUAGCCUAGUUAUCAAAUAACUAGUCUUUUAGAAACUUGCAAUAACGUACUUUGCAAUGUCCUCAAUCUUCCAGAGUAAAACAAUGCAAUCACGAAACGCGCAUAUUUUUCGUUCGAUGUUUUUUACCCUUGUUGAGUUUGUGUUGAUGUACAAAUCGAGAAAAGAAACAAUUUCAAAAAUUAAACAAGUAGUUACAAGUAAAUCUAAUCCUCGUUCUGUGUUAUGUAUGAAUAGGUUUCAUCGCGAAGCAACUGAAUGUCACACGUUCAGUUUCGGAUAUUACGGCUUCAAGCUAUUCCGUCGAAGGCUAAAGCACCUUCAUGAC